UUGGAAGAAAACAUGGCUGCUAGUUGUAAUGCAAGAGCUGAGCCUCUAGAAGAAGAGAAGGAGCUCAGAGAAGAAGAAGAUGAAGAGAGCUUGUUUGCUUUUCCAUUGCAAGAUGAUUUGGAGCAAGAAUUAAUUAGAGGAAGAGCAGUGUGCGGGAGAUGCAAGAGGCCUUCAACCGUUUGCAUUUGUUCCUGCUUUCCUGAAAAACCUGUUUCAAUGGCAACCAGAGUCAUUAUCCUGCAGCACUGCAGCGAAGAGAGCCGUUGUCUAGCAACAGUUCCUUUACUUCAGGAGUGCAUCACGAGAGAACGGUUUCACAUCAUUAAAGGAAAACGAUUCAAAGUGAACAAAUUUACAUGCUUGCAAAAAGCUAUAGAAUCAAAAUCGACAGUAGUACUAUAUCCCAGUAAAACAGCUAUUCCGCUACAGUCAUUACCAUCCGGUGCAUCAAUCGGGAAAGAAGAUGACUCGGCACUAAUUGUGCUUGAUGGAACAUGGGCACAGACUAGAGCCAUGUUCAGUCAGAAUCAUUUCCUACACAGCUUAAAACAAGUUAAGUUAAAUGGUGAAGCAGUCAGUCAGUAUGUCAUUAGGACUCAGCCAUCGAAACAAAGCCUCUCUACAAUAGAAUCUGUAGCUCAUGCAGUAGCAUGGCUUGAUGGAACACCAGAAAUAAUAGAUGUAUUACUGCAUCCACUAAUAGCGAUGUGUCAGUAUCAGCUGGAACAUGGAGCUACUACACAUUUCAGUAAAGAUCAUCCAAGAUACAUGCCAAGGGCUGACUUCAAGAGGAAGCACUCAACUAACUCCUCUGGCUCAUCCUGACAACUAAUGAUGAUCAUUAAUAAUAAACUAACAAACAACAACAACAAAACAUUGUCAAGUAGACAUUAGUCAGUGACUGCAAGUUCUGGACUGUGCAUGUGUCCAAAAGUUACUAAUAAUAAUGUUGAUCAGUUUGAGAAGUAUACCAUUUGUAAUCACUA